AUGGAUAACUCUAUACCGCGCAAACGCCUCCAUGCACUCACAUCUUCUUUGAACCACUUUGGUGAUACCAUUGGAAAUGCAUUGGAGGAACAGGCUAAGGAAUAUAAGAAGGCUAGGACUGGGAACUAUGACUAUUCUCAGCAGAAAUCAGGUGGUAGAAAUUGCUCGGAGGGUCAGCAGAAGUUUUCGGCUCCAGCCCCUUCAUCAGCUAGUGUUCCAUCCUUCAAGAAGAGCGCCAGAACAGGUUGUAUGCUCUUUAAGCUCACCAGGAUCAGGAAGGUCCUCCUAAUGUCUUCACUGCGAAGUUAUCUGAGUGGAUUCACAGAAGAUAAAAGCAGUGAAAAUAUUCAGAAUUCAGUUUCAGUUGCGAUGGCAACUGCUGCUAAAGGGAAGCUUCUUCUACGAGAGCUAAAAAGUGUUAAAGAAUAUGUUCCUUUUGCAAAACAUAGAUGUUGUCAGCUUGAAGAAGAAAAAAAAAUCCUUCGGGAGUCUUGUUCAAAGCGAGACAAUCCUACAGAUGAUGACAUGAUACAACUUCAACUUGAGACACUAUUAGCAGAGAAGGGUCGUCUUGCACAUGAGUAUUCUGUGUACGCUCGUGAGAAUCACUUCUUAAGAGAGAUUGUGGAGUAUCACCAAUUACCUAUGCAAGUUGCUGUGUACCAGGAUGAAGGCAUUCAAGAAGUAACACAAGUGUCAAGGAUGCAUUCUACUUCCCCUCCAACACCUCACUAA